CUAAACUGUCCAAGAACACAGAAGAGGCAGCAUGUUAAAACACAGAGUCGUUUUUCUAACAAAACAAAAAGAAAAUUUAAUUUUCCUGUAGCGGAUCUGAGAGUAAAACGAAUCUAAAAUGCCCUUACCAUUCGUUGGUCUUCUUGUGGGUGUUAAAGUCACGACGGCUGUCAGAAGACUUUUUGAACAUUUCUUUCCUCCUGCAGACCACAAAAAACCACCAGGUAGAAAACGCAGAGAUGAAAGUCAAGAGUCACCAAAAGCUGCCAGUCUGUCUGCAGCUCUGGACAUUAACCCAGAACGUGAAGUAAAUAAACCUGGCAAGACAGAAGAAGAAGAAAACUGUACGUUUGUGGCUGUGGACUGUCCCGAGGACAAUGUCCUCGCAGCUGGAGACAAUGCACCAAGUCCAGUGGAGUCCUGUGAUCUCUCAGCAGUGACAGAUUCUUCACCAUUUGAAGACAUCUGUAUUUAUGCAAAUGGCCACACCUCUCAGGCAGACGAGGGGGUGUUUGCCCCUGCAGCUGUGGACAUCACACCACCAAGAGUGGACUUUCUUCAUCCUGUAGCUGAGACAGAUAAUCUACCACUAACAAAUAUCUGUGGUUUCACCAAUGUGGACAGUCCCCAAGACCAAGUGAAGGCUGGUGGCCCUCUAACAGCAGCAGAGGUCAAUGUGUCUACGAAGGUGGAGAGCAGGGAAACUGGAGAGGAGACUGAGGUAAACAUAGCUGUAGUCAAUGGUCCAAGAUCAGAAGAAACAUCUGUGUCCACACUCGUGGUCAAAGACCAGCUACCAGAGAUGGUCAGUGAGGCCAACGUGGCUUCCUGUUCUCCUUCAGCUUUGGACAAUCAUUUUAUCCCGUAUUAUAAAGUCCUGUUGCGCAAAAAGGAGCAAAGUGCCAGACAGAAAGUGAGUAACACAAACAUGUUACAACUGUGCCAUCAGUAUCCUCCUGUAGCCAACUGUGAACAGAUGCCCGUGUUCACCAACCGCAUAGAGAAGAUAAUCAACCUGGAUGGAGUGAGGAACCUGAAGGUGUUAUCACUAGAGAGAAGCAACAUUAACAAUCUCUUUGGGCUGGACAUUCUAGGAGACACGUUAGAAGAGCUGUGGAUCUCUUUUAAUCAGAUCGAGACACUAUUGGGAAUCGAAUGUCUGAAGAACCUGAAGAUUCUCCACAUGUCCAAGAAUAUGGUAAAAGAGUGGGCGGAGUUUGAGAGGCUGGGUACUCUGCCACGUCUGACAGAGUUGGUGUUCAUUGGAAAUCCUCUGGAGGAGAAGCACUCGGCCGAAGGAACGUGGAUGGACCAGGUCUUUCAAAGGCUUCCAAAUCUACUUAGACUUGACGGAAGGUUUAGAUCAUUAGUACAAGUCAACGACCCCAGAUCAGAUGGGUCGCGUAUAUUUACAGCUGUGGACGAUGCUCUAGUUCUUGAGGAGGAAAGUGCACCUGAAGUCGAAAACGCCUCAGAUGAGGCUAGUUUCCCCCCAGCUGUAGGUAAAGAUCAUAAGACGGGGGGGUGUGGUGUUUCUUGGGUUGUGGACAACAUUCCAGAAGCAGCGCCCUUGUGUGGUGCUACAGCUUUGGACAACGUCUCGCCACUUGAGAUAGCAUUGGGAAAAUUGGAGAAGAAGAUAAGGCAGAAAGUGAGCAACGCAAAAGUCGUAAAACUGUGUAACCAGAAUCCCCCUGUGGUCAAGAUGAGCGACUGCCUCUCUACACUGACCAACUGUGAGACACUGUUUCUGUCCAAAAACUGCAUUGAGAAAAUCACAGGUCUGGAUGGACUGAGGAAGCUCAAAAUAUUGUCGUUAGAAAGAAAUAAAAUCAAAGAGCUCUCUGGUCUUGAAGCGGUUGCAGACACACUCGAAGAACUGUGGAUCUCCUUUAACUGGAUCGAGAGACUGGAGGGAAUCCAGUGCCUCAAACACCUGAAGGUCCUCCACAUGUCCAAAAACAUGGUCAAAGAAUGGGCAGAAUUUGAACGGUUAGCUGAACUGCCACGCCUCAGAGAGCUCGUGUUCGUGGGAAAUCCUCUGGAGAAAAGACACUCAGCCGAUGCAACCUGGAUAGGCCAGGUCUUCAAGAAGCUUCCUAAUCUGGUUAGACUGGACGGAAGGUUCCGGACAUUUUCACCAUUCAAUGUCGUGAGAUCAAAAAACACAUGCGUUCUUGCAGCGGGGGACAACGGCCAGGAACUUGACAAGUGUAGCCCCUAUUCACCUCACUGCGGUACUGUUCGCAAGAAGGUCAGUUACGCCAUGGCCGUACGCAAAACCCAGGAACGUAAAAAAGAAAGUGGUUCUGAAGUUGUGUCCAAAAUGUCCGGUAGUUUCAUGGUGGACAACUUGUCAGAAGCUGUUCCUCCAGCUGUUAACCACACUCCUGCAACUACGACCAGUGUCGCUGUAACUGUGGACAAAACCGUGGUUCAAGAAGACUCCAGUGUUACUGCAGCUACGGACAACAUCUUAGCUGCUCCGGAUCAGAAGUCCACUGUUCCACCAGUCGACACCAAAACUCCUGCAGCCACAGAUGUCAGCCUCACUACAGCUACAGUCAACAUGCCUGUAUCUGUGGACAAAGCUGAGCUAACAGAGGUGACCAAACCAGAGGUACCAGAGGAGGACGGUGUCUCUGCGGUCACGAUCCCUACAGCAGCGGACAUGCAGGAUCUCUCACUGACACCAAAGAAGGUCGGUGACUGUGCAGAGGCUGACGGUGCUUCAUCACCAGUGGAAACAUGGGAACUUGCACACAUGGACUCUGAGAGCGCACCACAGGCUGCCACUGCCUCUGCAACAGUAGAUGGCGCUCCAACACGUACGGAGGCCAUUGUCCUCGCAGAUCUAGAAGAUUCUCCAACAUCAAUGGACAAAUGGGAACUGGCGCGGACGGACACUGUCCACGCACCUGAGGAGGCCGUUGACCCUGCAGCUCUGGACAGUGAUCUAACACCUAUUACAAACAAUGGUGGGGCACAUACAAAGACCGAAGUGUCUGCAGCUGCAAAAGAUGCCAAAACAUCCGUGCCUUGCCAGGUCCCCCAACAAGGGACGCGGAAUAAACGGAAGGGGAGGAAGAAGAGGUCCAUACCGAAAGCUGUGUCUUAAAUGUCACUGGUAAACCUGACAAGUGGAUGGUUACUAUGGUGAUAUGCAAAGAUGAUGGCAACUACAUAACAGGAUGCAGAGGAUGCAGACUUCAGAGAUCUGCCAAUUGAUUUUUUU